AUGGACGAGGGGACCAAGACGAAGAAAACGGUCUUCGUGGGCGGCAUUGGCGACGAUGUCGACGAGACCGUGCUCGUUGAGUCCUUCUCACCCUUUGGAGACAUCAUAGAGGUGCAGAUACCACCAGCACCCACCAACCCCUCGCAGCCGAACGAGGUGAAGCACCGGGGCUUCGCCUUCGUCACGUUUGCUUCUACAGCCGAUGCACAGGAUGCCAUUGACAACAUGGACCUGAACGAGCUUAAGGGCCGCGUAUUGAAGGUCAACCUUGCUCGACAAGUGAAGGCGCCAAUACAAGGUGCAGGAAACAGAGCCAUCUGGGAGUCGGAAGACUGGCUCCAGCAAUACGCCAAGCCCCUCAAUCGCAGCGGCGGUCACACGCUACGUGCAAAAGGAGGAGAGGGCUCCAAUGGUGCAGAGGGCGAAGAGAACCCGGACGCAGACCAACAGGGUGACGAGAACGCUAUGGAAGAAUAG